UAAUCGAAAAUGGAAGUAGAUUUCUGAAACUUUGCAUGUUUCCGAAAAUUAUGCUGAAACUUCUGUCAUUUUGAUGAAAAAGCUGUAAAAUACCACUAGGAUGUAAAACCUGCAUUCUUUUUCCUGGGUCAUUUCAUAGAUAGUCGCUCACCAACAUUGCACACACAGCAUUGGUCUUGGAAAAAAAUGGAGACCACAAAGAAAGAGGUCUCGGAGUUUGUAUGGCCAGGAAGAAUUACCCAGGUGAUUGAUCCACAUUACUUCUGGAUGCAACUUGGCACAAGGGAGAACUUGCUUCAGUUUGAGCAGUUACAACGUGACAUGCAAGUGUUUGCAUGCCAGAACUGGGCACCAGCAUCUAGUAUAGAUGAGCUUGAACCUGGCAUGGUGGUUUUAGUUGACUCUGACUCUGAAGACCUAACUUGCUUAAAGAGAGGACAAAUAGCUCGUGUUAUGCAUGGAAACUCAGUGGAUGUGUUUUAUGUGGAUUAUGGUAACACAGAACUGAAGACAGUUGACAAAAUCUGUAUAAAUGUCCCAACCAAAUUCAAGGUCUGCCCACCACAGGCUGUAAGAUGUAGUCUAGCUGGAGUGAAACCGCUGGUGAAGAGCUGGACAAGCAGGGGCAUAAAAACUUUCCAGCAGCUGACUGGUGACGAACUCCUCCAUGUUCUAGUGUUAUAUGGAGAACCAGGCUAUUGUGAGGUGGCCCUGUAUCAAAGUGAUGUUGACAAUGGAAGGUCUGUAGGUCACAGUCUGGUAGCAGAAGAGGUUGCUAUGAUAAUGGAAGAGCAGAUGGUACCCGAGUUUCUUCAAGACAUCCCUACUUUCAUGACACAAGGUUAUCAAGACACAUCACAAGCCACAAAUACCUCAACACCCCGAGAUGACCACAAAACUGAAGCAAAAGUCAGUUCAACACCACCAUCAACAGAAAAAUACAUUCCACCCCAUCAGAAAAAUCUGGGGUCUUCCCCUGGCUCUGCAGGAUCCAGUUUAACCAAUCACAACACAGCAUCUCAAAGUUCAUUUAGCAGACAAAAUUCAAAUUCAGGUUCCAGGUCUAGUGUUAAUACUUCUCGAUCUCCGGCUAGUAAAACAAAGGAACCAGUAAAUGACUUUUUUCCUUUCGAUAAUGUGUCUGUGUAUCCUCCAUCACCAAACAGCCCUGUAAAGUCGCCAGGUAAGGCUUUAGGAUACGGGGGCAAUUCACCAAGAUCAAGGCCAAAGUUAAACAUACCUCAGUCAGAAGUGAGCCAGCCUCCCUUUUACCCACCUGAACAGAUUGGAGACAGUGUCGGGGAAUAUGCAGAACCAAAGAUCUGGAAUUUAACUCCACCACAAGCAUUUGAACAAACCCAUCUUCCGUACGGUUUAAACCCACCAGCUUUUUAUCAGACUCAUAUUCCACCACCACCUAUAAACCAGUCUGUCCAGUAUUAUACUCAUUCAGCUCCACCAGUUUCACCCAUCAAACAGCCUGGUAAUUCCGGUAUAGUUCUCAGUUCACCAGUUAAAGUCCCUCACCAGAAUGCCUUUGAUUCUGGUGUACUUCAGAGUUCUCCUGGUAAAGUUCCACAUCAUAAUGACUUUGAUGGAAGACUUAACCAACAGUCAAUAAGUAGCCAUUAUCAUGAUACGUACUAUAAGCUGGAGUAUAGACAGGGUCAGGAAGCAGUACAUAGUGCAAGAUCAGCAUUAAACAAUGGACACAGUUAUUUUAAUCAGAAUAAUAGCUCUCAUGGUAGAGGAAGAAAUCCUGUCAAACUUCAGAUGCCUUCCACUCCCUCAAAGUACUAUGGUUACGAACCACCGAAAAUGUCCCCAGAGAGUCCAGAGUCUCCUGCAAUAGCAGCAUUCAACCUAGGUGACCUGGAGCACACUCAAAUGACAUCAACAGAUCAUUUUCAUCAGCAACUUUAUCAGGAGACACUUCAGGCACUGCAUGAGGAAGCAGAAGACAUUGCAAGGGAGAGCAAAGAACAGUCGGAACUUGUCCACUUUUCUAGAUAUGCUCGAGCCAAAGAUCAGUUUGUUGAAACAGAAGACUACAUGCCAGCAUCAGAUAAUUUAGAUGUCUAUGACCAGAUUGCCCAGGAGAUACAAAAUACAUCAUUACAUAGUUGUAAAGGACCUGAAGAACUGAAAAAAUCACCCAUAAAGAAGACAGGGAAAGUGAAGGAGCCUGGCAAUGUUUCUAAGCUUGAAGGGAUACCCCAGAGUUACAUCGCUGAUAUCAACUUUACAGAGGCAGUCAAAGAGGCACUGGAAUCUGGAAAAACAAGUGGUAUGGAUAAUGCCAGAGCAUUGCUUGAUGGUAUUGUAGAGUCAUUGAAAUUGGCAAAUGUAGAGAAGCAACUCUAUGAUGUGUUAUUGCUGAUGCUGGCAAAAGCUGUGAAGGAAUAUAACUUGUAUCAUACUGUUGUCAUGGAAACAAUCAACACCUUGAAUGGUGAACUGGAGAUAAAAGAAUGUCUAGGCAAGGCCCUGAAGAGACAGCAGGAGCUGUGUGUGCGAGUCCCAACUCCACGUCAACCCCAGCACUUAGAUUUUUCCAGAGUCAUGGCCCAUAUUUACAAUAUGGCACUUGAUUGGAAUGAAAGCAAUGCCAGUAUUCAAGAUGGCAUUCUACAGACAGUGGAGAAAUGGAUCGUGUUCAAUAAUAAGGGUUCACAGAUUGGUCAGGUUGAUAAAGAAAAUGUGUUUCUGGAUUGUUUUGGUGCAUUCUGGGAGGUGUCUGGCACACAACUGAUACAACAUAACGAGGCAUUCAGAUUGCGGAUAAAGGAUGAAGUUCGCAAGAAGCUCCUCAAUGAAAAUGUUUCAAGAUCUGUAAGAGAACGGCUACUUGACAUCAUGCUUGAUUUGUUCUCGUUGAAUACUGAGAAACGCAGUGUAAGUACGCAGACACAGAGACGAACCAUGAUACCGUCUUCCUGCCAGGUCCGACCAUCAGCUUGUGAUAAAGCAACUUUUAUGGAAUCAGAAUGGCAGGAUGAGGGAUUCAGAAAUAUGGAUUUAGAUGUUCUGUCACAGAUGAACUGGCAGGUAAAUACCGAUUAUGCUUCACCGGAUCCGGAACUAAGUCUAAGACCUCUUGGCAGAGGUGGACCAGUACAGACACUGUCAACACCGAAAGACAGUUUCUGCUCCACAGAAUCAAACGAUACAUUGGAUACUUCAAAUGUCAGUGAUUUGUCGAAAUUUUCAACUAAAACAGACAGUGUUUAUGUCACCCCAAGUGAAUCUUGUGUUGCUGACACUGACAGAGAUAGGCCUCAGUUAAAUGUUCAGAUAAAUGGAAUAAAUGAAGUAUCUCCCACACCUAAAAAGAGCUCAGACAGCAGAAGGCAGAAUUUGAUGAGUAGUUUAGAAGCUGAUUUUGAACAGAGUUCUAAUGAAUCUUUUUCUGCUGCUUUGAGGACAAAGGACUUUGAAGUUGGGAAAGAUAUCCAGAAUCAAAAUGUUAACAUGAAUAAUGAUAAAUGUAAAACUAUAGCUGAACAGAAAAGUGCAAUAGGUAAGAGCCUUGUUGAUUGGUUUGAUUACGAACCACCAGCAGUUGAAAAUGCAAGAAACGGUGCCAAAUUAGAAGAGAAACGUCUAGAGACUAGGAAGAAAUUGGACAGUACAUCUAUGGAAAUAAUUGAGAAUGAUGUUGCCUUGAAGUAUGCUCCUACUAAAGAUCUCGGUAAGAAAAAAUCAAAGAAAGAUAAAGAUCGAGAGAGAAAAGGGGAAAAAGUAAAUACUUCAGUGGAUGACAGAAAACAAGAAAGCAAUAGAAGUAUUGAACCGAGUGCAUUUGAAAGUGAUGUACAGCAAGCAAUAAUAGAAUCUCUACAAAAUUAUGGUAAUAAGGGAACUGUUAAAACUGCUAGAGAUAUUGAUAACAGUACUGAAAAUAGGGUUGAUGAAAAUAUAGAUUGGUGGGCUGUUGGGGAGGCAGCCGAUACAAGAUAUUUUGACAGUGGUGCAGAGGAAUCUAUAGGUGAUAACAUUUACAUAGAUAAUGGACCAGAUGUAAUAAUUGAGGAUGAAUUUGAACAAGAUGUUAACAAUAUAGAAAAUGUCAACAUCAAAGUAGAUAAUGGAAUGAAUUCAGAACCUUCAGGUGCUAUUUACAAUGAAAAACAUCAGAACAUUGUGGGUGAAAAGUUUGACAAAAUGGAUAAAUGCUUGUCUGAUUCCUCAGAAGAUGAAAUCGGUAGAAAUAAUAUAAUGGUUCAGGAGAGAUGUGACAACUUUGCUUUUGAUCUGGAUGAUGAUGAUGAUGAUGAAAAUUGGGAUAGUGCCAGUUCUGAUGAUCUAAAUGUUAAUGACUGGGUUGGCUUACAGCACGAUAAUCCAGGUUAUGAGAAAGAUUUCCCUGAAACAGAUUUAAAAACAGUGCUUCCACAAACAAAGGAUGUAUUUACAGAACCUACAGAAAAGGCUUCAUCAGAUAAAAAUUAUGAAUAUAAUUUUCCAAAAAGUAACUUAGCAGAUUUUGUAAAAGUGAAGGAAGAAUCAGAAGUUGAAGAGAGACCUCGUGCGACGAGAUGGGUCCCAGGACGCAGAAAAUGUAUGAAUUGUUACAGUGAGGACCAUACAACAGAAAGCUGUCAACAAUUUGUUAUAUUGCAAUAAUAACUCAACUUUCAGUCAAUGUGGAUUAUUUCAUUUUGAUUGAAUUUUAGAGAGGAAUUAAUUUAUUCAAGUAGAGUGGUGAUAGAAUGUGCCAUGUCAUUUGAAUUACUUGUUUUUAUAUGAAAAUGUAUGGAUGGGUCAUUUUUUAAAUUAAGCGUAUAUAUAUAUAUAUAUAUAUAUUUGUCUUUUUUUCCUCAGAAAUUUAGUUAUACUUCCAGAACAUUUUGGUACAAGUAACAAAUAUGAUGAAAAUAAUUUUGCAUUCCUACUAAAAGUAACAAGAGUUAAUUAUAAUUUUAAAGGUUUAGUGUAGAGAUUACAUUUCAUGAAGAAUACCCGUGGAUAUAGUCAAAAGGAAUAGUAACUAGUUUGCAAAGUUUUUCUUCAUCCUUUUAAAUGAAUGUUCAGAUCUUUGAAAUUGACUUUUUUCCUUGAAGUAUUAGGUUGCAUUCAAGAAAUUUUAAUUAGUUUAAACAUGAAGAAGAGGUUAUAUGCCUACAGAAUAAUAUCCUUAAGGAUGUAGUCCCAUAGAUUAUAUGUGGGUUAUAACAGAUUUGGAGUGUUUAAAGUUGAGCAAAAGGAGUGGACCAUAUUGAAAAUUGGCUCUGCCAAGUAUGUCAUCGACUAUAAUUAAAGUCGUUACUUACUUACUGUUUAAAGCAAAUAAAAUGCAAUAAUGAUUCAUAUUACUUUGAUUCUAAUAUGUCUUAUAUGUAAAAUUGUUUAUAAAAUAGGGUAGCAUUAUUUCUUAGCGGCUACAGUAAGGUCAGUGUGUUUUAUCACCCUUAGCUUUUUAGCUCACCUGUCACAUAGUGACAAGGUGAGCUUUUGUGAUCACCCUUCGUUCGUCGUCCAUCGUCAGUCCGUGCGUCGUGCGUGGUUUCAUUUAUGAUUUUAUUUUA